GCCUAUGUCAACAAGCUCUCCGGCGAGACCAUCCAUCUCAACACUUCCAGCUUCCAGUCGCUUCCAGAUACAGAUAACCUCGUCUCCGUCCAAAACUGGCAGCCCAUUCGAAUUAUUCUUGACAACACGCAGCUGCAGUCGGACCUUGCCAGCAGCAACCCAGGCAUGUACUCGGACCUUGUCAACAUCGUACUCCCCAAAAUUCAAGCCUACUGGUCACAGCUGCUCCAGGUCAACCAGGCCAUCGGCAACCUGACCUUUGCCAGAACAUGCACGUCAAUUUGGGGCAAUGGGGUCUGCGCCGCCGUGCUUCCGACCGAGACAUGUGGUGCCAUCACAAUCAACCCGAAAUAUUUGGCAGCAACGCAGGUCUGCGCAUCAUCAUCAACCAGCGGGUGUAACACUCUUGCAGGCGGUCCCGGUGUCAGCGGAGACAUCGUUAUCUUUACGUCGGCACAGGCGGGUGCCUCUGGUGCGCCGUGUGGCCCGGGUAGCUCGACCAUAGCAUACGCAUCGCCUUGCAUUUUGAGCAGCAACGAUCGUCCCGUGGCAGGCCUGCUCAACUUUUGCCCGGGAGUCCUGACAAACCUAUAUGGGCGGCUCAAUGGCACAACUCCUCAGGCACCCAACAGCUACAAUAAUCUGAUCAGCGUGGUUGUCCACGAAAUGACCCACAUCUUGGCGUACUCGUCAUCGCUCUUUGCAUUCUAUCGCGAUGAGAACGGAAAUCCCAGAACCCCGCGCAGCUCCAACGGCCAGCCGCCCCAGGACUCCACUGGGGCAUACAUCGCGAGCCCAAAUACCACCCUGAUUACGACAACCGAGCGAGGGUACACCGUUCAAAAGAUUAUCCUUCCAAAUGUGCUGGCCCGGGCCAGGGCCCAGUUUGGAUGCCCUACCCUCAAUGGCGUUGAAAUCGAGCAUGCCGGAUCUUCGGGCACUGCAGGGUCCCAUCCUACGAGUCGACUUUGGCCCUUUGACUAUAUGGCCGGUGCACUGCACACUGGGGCGUCAAUCGACAUGAAUGCCGUGACUUUGGCCCACUUUCAGGACUCUGGAUGGUACCAAGUCAACUAUGACCUUGCAAUCAACUCAAGAUUCGGAUACAGUGCUGGCUGUGACUUUGCUAUGAAACCCUGUCUCAACACACCUGCAGGCACGGCUCUCGCCAUCCCGACAGACCCAAACUCGUUCUGCAACUCGACAACAGGAUCCAUCGUCUGCGUCAACCAGAGGACUGCAUCCGGUGUCUGUGGGGUUUUCACAGGCCAGACCAUCCCGAGCCUCUACAGAUAUUUCACGCCGGUUUAUGGAUCACCCACUGGCGACGGCAUGGGAGGCAGCGAUCCAUUGAUGGACUAUUGCCCAUUCCUCAGCACUGCCGCCUACUCGAGCUCGACCACAGGUGACUGUCGGUUCACUAUGAACUCACUCAACGCUCAGCAGUCCCAAGCACUCGAGACCCCCACCUGGAUACACCCGCUCACAAGCCGGGGCCUUCUGCUAUCCGGUCACCUGUCGAGCCAACGGAACCCAGUACUCGGUCCUCGUUGGAUCUGAGACCAUUGACUGUGGCGCCGGGCUCGUCGUAAAGUAUCCGACUACAGCAGCCGGAUCGAUAACCUGUGCGGCAGCAUCGGAAGUGUGCGAUCCGCCGGCAGUUUCGCAGUGCCCGAACGGGUGCACAGGAUCCAAUGGAAAAUGCCUGCCAUGGGGUGUAUGUGUCUGCAAGAACGGAUUUACCGGAGCAGACUGCUCCACACCAUCGGUCACGCUCUCGAACAUCAGUUAUCCAGUGGGAUACUCGCCUGACUGGAAC